GUGGAGAUUAUAGGACAGAUUUAAACCAGCAUGUCCACUUUUAGUACAUGGUGCUGGCGGUCUACUUGUGGUUCACCCCCUCUGGCUGACUUAAAGUGACGUAGAUGAGGGUGUGUUUUGUGAACUGGAGAGGGGGGUGGUUGCACACACAGCUGUGCAGCCUAGAUAAGUAGUUAACUGUAGAAAGCAUGCAUGCUACACAUUCUGCUGUAGCGUGUCAUCAGAAAAUCAGAUUCCCACCCACAACCUCCCACUCUUUGUUCGUCACUUUUUACUGACACACACACUCACACACACAGUUUUUAUUCGUUCUCUCCCCACUCCCAAGUUCCAGACUUCUCCUUUCUGUCCUAUGCUUGCUUAAGUUUCCAGUUCAUCCAGUGUAUUAAGUUGUAUCUUCUCACUAUCACUACUUCUUCUUUCCUUCUGCCAAACAGUCCUCGCUCAAAGAGCACACAUCGCCUACUCAAGCACACACACAUAGAGGGGGAAAAAGUUGCUCCAAGACUAACAUGGAAGGGUUUUUGCCCUUUUCCCAGACGGGGUGUGUCAGGGCUUUUGUCCUGCUCAUGCUGUAUUAAAUAUCAGAUUUUGGAGUGGGAUGGUGUUUAAAAAAAUGUUUGUUUUUUUUAAAGUUCAGUUUUUUUGUUCUUUUUUAGGGAAAGAAUGUUGGCACGAAGCUCGGCACCAGGGCUAGAGAUGAAAGUUGGGGUGCUGGAGUGCUGCUCCAGAUUGUUAAAAUCUUCACAGAAGACGGCAUGUGCAAAGUGGUGGAGAUCCCAGCCGAUAUGACAGCCAGGGACCUUUGCCAGCUCCUGAUCUAUAAAAGCCAUUGUGUGGACGACAACAGUUGGUCACUUGUUGAGCACCACCCGCUGCUGGGGUUAGAACGCUGUCUGGAGGACCAUGAGUUGGUGGUUCAGGUUCAGGCUUCCAUGAGCAGCGACGGUAAAUUCCUCUUCAGGAAGAACUAUGCCAAAUAUGAAUUCUUCAGAGUUCCUCAGACAUUUUUCCCUGAGCACAUGGUUGCAUGGUGCCAGGAAACCAGUCGUCCGAUCCCACCAUCGCAGCUCCUGCAGAACUUCCUAGCAACCAGUAGUUGUCCUGAAAUCCAGGGUUAUCUGUAUGUGAAGGAGGUGGGCCGAAAGUCGUGGAAGAAAGUUUACAUGUUCCUGCGGCGCUCAGGACUCUACUGUUCUACAAAAGGAACCUCAAAGGAGCCCAGACAUCUCCAUUUCCUAGCAGACCUUGAAGACAGUAACAUCUUCACUGUCAUCACAGGCAAAAAGCAGCACGGUGCACCCAAAGACUACGAGUUCUGUAUCAAGCCCAACAAAUGCAGAGGGGAGUUAAAGGAUUUAAGAAUUCUGUGCGCUGAAGAUGAACAAGGCAGGACAUGUUGGAUGACCGCGUUUAGAUUGUUUAAGUACGGGAUUAUAUUGUACCAAAAUUACAAGAUUCCCCAGCAAAGAAAAACCCUGCUUUCACACUUCUCAGCACCCGUGCGAAGUGUGUCUGAGAACUCCCUCGUGGCAAUGGAUUUUUCGGGAACAAUAGGCCGGGUAAUCGACAACCCUGUGGAAGCUCAGAGCGCCGCCAUGGAGGAGGGACAUGCGUGGAGGAAGAGGAAUCAUCGAAUGAACAUCUUGGGCUCCCACAGUCCACUGCAUCACUCCUCACUAAACUCUGGUAAAUAUGAAGUCAUCCACCUCGCCCAGCUGUGGUUCCACGGCAGAAUAACCAGAGAAGAAUCCCAUCGCAUUAUCCACCAACAGGGUCAAGUAGACGGUCUGUUUCUGCUACGAGUCAGUCAGAGUAACCCGAAGGCUUUUGUGCUUACUUUGUGCCAUCACCAGAAAAUGAAACAUUUCCAGAUUCUACCGUUUGAGGAGGACGGCCAAGCCUUCUUCAGCCUUGACGACGGUGCCACCAAAUUCACCGACCUGAUCCAGUUGGUGGAGUUCUAUCAGCUCAACAGAGGAGUCCUGCCUUGUAAACUCAAACACCCAUGCACCGUCGUGGCCUUAUGACACCUUCGGAUCACCUGGCCCCCCCGCCCCCUUCACUUGACCUGACUCUGACCCAGAACAGAACGAAUGUUAAUAUUGGUCGAUUUUUUUUUUUAAGAAGCUGACGAAUUGACUCAUGUUUCAUUGCUGUUGGGUUUUUUUUUAUAUUGUGAAGAGUCGGCCAGAUACUGCUGAUUUAUUGGAUUCUUUUUGGGGUGCUGUGGAUGUUGUGAAGACCAACGCACACGCCGGUCAAGACAGGGGAUGGCAGUGAACACGGCCAUUUGUGUUGUCAUUAAGCUCGGACUCACUGACCCUCCAAGGUUUUUAAUCUUGCAGACGAUGAAUUCUGGCACGGACCACUCUGCUGUCUCAGAACCGGAGUCUUGUUGGAACUUCUCUCCACUUCUUCUCCUGCGUUGAUUGUCGCUUAGUUUUGCACUCAUCCAAAUGGGCGUGGCCUUUCCAAGGGGUGCUGGACUUCUCUGUCGAUGGAUUGCUUUUUACUGUGAGAUGUACGCCACCGCCCUCUAGUGUCUGAGGCGUGUAAAGACACAACUAAACUCAAAACGCUGGCGCGUGUGAAUCCUUUGUUGAAGUAUGGAGAAGUCCCCGAAUGGUUUGAGAGGACGUGGUUUAUUGAACACUUUGGGGGGGAAACAAAUAUUUUUUUAUCAGCAGACAUUACAGAAUAUGUUUUGUCUUCAAGCGUUUUCUUUCGGAGCCACCGGUUUGCUGACUAUGUUUGACUCUUCCAGUUCCAGUUCUUCACACUGCCAUACUGUUUUUCAGAAUGAUGUAAGAAAUAAAAUUAAAUUUAUUUUUCAGUUGUGGGCAAACUAGUGAUAAUAUGUCUGGGAAUCACAUGAUACAGAAAGCCAGGUGUAAUAAUAUAUAAUAUAAUGCUGGUCAGGAGAUAAACCAAUCAGAGAUGCCUUAGAACUUGCUGGAUUCUGGAUGGUCUUGUCCACGUCGCUCUUUAACAAGGUGCUGUUAGACAACUAAAUAAAUUAGUUUGCGUUUCCUGACACACUUUAAUGUUUAGCUCAAAUAAUGUACACCAGGGUGUUUCAUCUGGCCCGAGUUCAGUUCAAAACUUGGGAGACAAACGUUGUUGCAGCAAAUUCCUAAAAAAGCUAAAGUGCUCCUGUUGUAUAGAAGGACUUGGACCACUGUAAACACAUUGGCAGAUUCUUGCAUUCAUUUUUUAACCUUAAACUUUUGAUUUGCAUAACUGAGGCGUUCUUCAAGGCACCCCUAGAAGUCCUCUCCUCUUUGGCAGUUACACUUGGUUUCCCAUAUUGUGAUUUACAGUCAGUAAGGUGUUGCUGCAGCUUGUUUACUUCAGAUACAAUCAGAUGUUAUUUGUCCAACCUCUUUAGAUAUACAAGUAAUGUUCCUCAAGGUUCCAUUUUAGGUCUUUUUUUUUUCACCCACUUGGGCUGCAAAUUCAACUCAAAAAAAUGUUUGCAGCAGAUGUUAAAAAUGCAGUCGUAGAUGAUAUUUGUCUAGCUUUUUUUUUUUUGCAGAAGGUCCUUUAAAAACAGCAGAAUGCUCCUUUAACUCUGACAAAAUAAAUACACCAGAAUCAAAUGUCAACUGUAGGCAACGUUGGGUCUCCAGUCUCUGGAAUAUACAAAAUAAGUAGUGAAGGGAAGAGUCUGGCCCCCCAGUCCUUAGCUUUCUGGAAAUGUGGCCCUUGAAACAAUUUAGUUCAAUAUUCCUGGUGUACCCCCUUUGUCUAUUGGACACACAACCUGCGAAAUGAACAUGAUACAUCUAUUUUGUGGUCGUUUUCAGUCAUAAUUACACUUUGGAGGUCAUUUAGGAUGCUGGGGUUUCAACUCAAAAGUGUCCCUAAUAAUGUUGUCCCAUGCCCAAUUGUUUACUAUUAAUAUGGUACACAAAGAAACAGAGAAUAAAAUGCCAAGUGGAUCACUUCAUCUUAGCUGGCAUUACCAGUGUAGAAAUAUGAUAUACUAAAAUGUGACAUGCCAACAGUCCUAAUUUAUGUAAAUGUUAUGGUCAAAAUAUUAGGAACAGGUCUCAGUACCAGACGGAUGUAUCUGAAAAUGUGAGUUUAAACAGGAUUACUUGGAAAUAUUUGGAUUGAUUCCCAGGGGAUGGGACAAAUGCAGAGGACACAUUUCACCACAUCUAGUGUGUGUGUGACAAUCAUUGGUACUUUAAUCUUAAUCUUAAUUAUGUUUAUUUUGCCAAGUCUUUAUUAAUUAGUGAAGGAAGCCUCAGUGGCCUUUAGAUAAGGUGGGGAAUUUGGUUCUGUUUGUUUUGUUUUUUCAACACGGACGUCUCCACUUCUAGAAAGUAGAUAUAAAAAAAUGUUUGAUAUUUUUUGCAAUUUUUGCUAAUUUGUGUUCACCUUUAACAUUAACCGUCCCAUUUAUUUUAAUGCAAUAGCCCCUCUUUUGUCACAUAAACAGUUUUUGAUUUGUUUAGGUGUCUCCUGGAAUGCAAAUUUAACAGCCACCUCUUGAUUUAGCAGCAGGUUGUCUUAUUGAGCAAAUGCGAUGCAGUAUAGCCACACUACAUUGACACUGUGUAUGGUCACCAUUAUUUAUCUAAAAUGCAAUGAGUUUUUCAUCAGUACUGUUUCAUCAAAAAUGUUUGUAUUUAUCUGGAUGUGACUACUUGAAAAUCUUAUUAUUUUUGUUUUCGUCAGCGCUGUUCUGUACUGUUAUUUUUAUGUCAAUACCACAAAAUGAUUGACCAGUCUGAGUUAUUCUCAUGAUUAUUGCAGUGAGAUUGCAUCUAUUGAUUAUUAUAUCAUAUCUUUAUUGUUUUAAUGAAGCCUUGAAAAUGGGAAAAACUUACAUGAAAUGACAUUCUUAAAAAAAAAAAAAAAGCAAAAAAAAAAGCACAGCGAUUCAUGUUUGUCAUUUGAGUGUGGAACAUCACAUAUUGUUUAUUUAAUACAUUGAAUAUAUGCUUAUUUUUCUUAGAUGUACAAACAAAGAACUUUUAAUGCUAAGAGGCCUCCUUUUUUGAGUUUGAGUUUAUUUUUAUUUCGAACAUGCAAGCAUACAACAUGAUACAUCAAAGGUCGUAUAUUUUUUGUUCUUAGUGUUGACGCCUGACCGUAUGUUGGGGAAAGCAGGAAGGAUGUUUUUCGAGCACUUUGUGGAUGUGAGUGUAAAAUAGCCUACAGUCACCAUUCUGUGGUUAAGAGUGUUUUUCCAACAUGACAUAUUCCAGGAUGUUGCUUUUGUGGCUCAAUGGUCGGACACACAAAACUAUUUGGAGAACGUUUUUAUAACCGUAGAUUCUGCAGCUGAGAGGCUUCAGAAUGAUUAGACCAGGGGUGUCAAACUCAUUUUCAUUGAGGGCCACAUCGCAGUAAUGGCUGCUUUCAGAGGGCCGCGUUUUUAAAAUGAAUUUACAUUAUGCAUGCGGGUAAUAACCUGCGAUUAAUCAUGAUUCAUCGAAAUGCAUAUGCAUUUGAUUAUUACAGUAUAUAUUUUUUUAUGUAUAACUUGGUUUAAAACCAUAAAUAAAGGUGACAAGCAGAUAUUUAACUAUUUGUUUUUAUCACACAAAAUAGUUUUGCAAUAUAGUACCGUAUUUUUCGGACUAUAAGUAGCAUUUUUUUUUCAUAGUUUGCCGGGGGUGCAACUUAUACUCAGG